AUUUGUAUGAUCGCCUUAUAAAAAGGAGCCAUGACCGUCCCCGGCACCUCGAUAUCAGCAGCCUUCAACUUCCAUCGCUUUCGCAUCAAAAGCAUCUUUACCAGCCGGAUUUCCCACUACAACUACGUUAUUCCCUUAAAAUGUCAAAGCCUACCGUUUACGUCGUCAUUUACAGUACCUGGGGUCACAUUAAGACACUAGCGGAUUCCGUUGUCAAGGGACUCCGAGAGGGCGGUGUCAAUGCGGAACUUUAUCAAGUCGCGGAAACUCUUCCUCAAGAGGUUCUGGACAAGAUGCAUGCCGUGAAAUUUGAUAUUCCUGUUUUGAGCCCGAAAGAUUUGGUGAAAGCUGACGCAUUCAUCUUUGGAAUCCCAACGCGAUAUGGUGUCCCAGCGGCUCAAGUUAAGGCUUUCUGGGACGCAACAGGCGGACUGUGGGCAGAAGGGGCCCUCGUCGGCAAAUACGCCGGCGUGUUUACUUCAACUGCCUCUCAGCACGGUGGUCAGGAAACCACCGCCAUGACCUUCCUGCCACAUCUGGUUCACCAUGGGAUCAUCUUCGUUCCUCUGGGUUAUCAAAGCAAGGUCCUCUUUGACAACUCGGAGGUUGUUGGAGGAUCUCCAUGGGGUGCUGGUACGGUUGCCAACGGUGACGGAUCUCGCCAGCCUACCGGAAAGGAGCUCGAAAUUGCGGAAACCCAGGGCAAGACCUUCGCUGGUACCAUUCUCAAAGUCCACAAGCCAUAAAUCCGGAUUGAGGUUGUCUGGAGUAACGAAUUGUGGAUGGACAUCAUACAAAUAUUUACGAAAUAUGAAUAAAUGUAUCACAUGUACCCAUUUUGUAUUGAAUCAGUGUUGAUUUGAAAACAAUAAAUAUGUCAAUGUUCAAAAUCUCCACCUAA